GCUAACUGCUAACUGCUAACAGUUCGGUGGCGUUUUGUUAACACUGUAGUUCUGUUUGAUAAGUAGAAUGGGGAUCGCGGAUGAUGCAGACCGGACUCUGUUUGUUGGGAAUUUAGACCCACAGGUUACAGAAGAGCUUUUAUUUGAGCUGUUUUUACAGGCUGGACCUCUGAUCAAAGUCAAAAUUCCAAAAGACAACGAUGGAAAAUCCAAGCAGUUCGCCUUUGUGAACUUCAGACACGAAGCCUCCGUCCCGUACAGCAUGGAGCUGCUUAACGGGAUCCGUCUCUACGGGCGUCAGCUCAACAUCAAAUUCAAAACAGGAAGCAGUCAUAUUAAUCAGGAGGGGAAAAGUCCGGCAAACUCGCAAAACCCGAGUCCAGCCAACACGCCGACUCAUCGUGGUGCCAGGUGUGACAGGACUCCAGAACAGACAGGUUCUCCGUCGUACUCUCCUCCUCAGAACCUGCAGAGGUCUUUCCUCUCACCUGACAGUCUGCAGAGACAAGUGCUGUUGAACAACAUGUGGCAGAUGCAGCAGUUUCAGCAGACCGGCAUGUUCAGGGGCGGCUCCAACGGCUCCUGGCAAAACGACGCCUCCAACUGGGGCAACCGGUCCUCCUCGCAGCAGGACAACGCCAGCGGACAUUACGGCAGGGAACAGGGUCACGCCGGUAACGAUCGGAACCGGCGCGACACCCGGCGAGGCGACUUCUCCCAGCACGAUGAGCGCAGAGGUAACCGAAACCGCGACUAUCCUCCGGAGAGGCGGAGAGACGGGCGCUGGAGAGAGUACUGACCCGGCAAGACGAGGGGAAAAAAAAAAAUACUCUGUUAAAGAAACCAGCAAUUUAGUUUUUAUAUUGUUUUGUACAAUUUUUAACCUUGUUUUUGAUUGAAUCUCUUUUAUAUGAUUGUAAAUUUCAUUGGCAAAAGAACUGUUGAUUUUUAACUAACGAGCGCGAAAUUUAUCAAAAUACGUCAUUUCCAUAACGAUAAUAUUCAAGACGUUCAACAACCACCUUGUGAAUGAGUUAGUCUCCAUAAUUUAUGACUCUUGGGUUCGAUAGAUCAGUAGAAUUUAAUCUCAGGUGGCGACUUCAAAAAUAUCCGUCUAUAUUUGUAUUAUUAAAAAAAAAAAAAGGACUUUAGUCAGUUUUAUGAUAUGAAAUCUGGCCUGAUGUAUCUGAUGUAUGUUUACUUUUGAUUUAUAUUUAUUAAUCAUGAUUUGAUGAGCCGGAUAUAUCCAAGCAUUUACCUCCUGCCAGUCCGGUGCCCCACUUGGUCAUCAUAGCACUGAAUGACGAGAUCUGCCUGGUUAAUGGUUUACCAGCACAGGAGGAUUUUUUAAAGCAGCUAUUUGGAAUACGAUGUCAAUUCUCAGGAGUUUUUAAACAAACAAAUUUUCAUUUAUUCAGAUUUUUAAAACAAACUCUUAAGUUUUCCAGUCUAUAUUGGGUACGGCUGUAUAUGAUGUGCUUUAAUCUGCUCUAAUGUAAAUACAGCAUCAUUUUUAACCCUGA